AGGUAGGCGGAAGGUGAUGCCUGUGUGUGUGUGCAGGUAAGCGGCAGGGAAGGAGGACAACGACCCGCCGAAAGCGGACAGAGCUGUCAGAAAUGACUUCGAUACAACCUGCGCAUUAAUAUGAUCUAAGACAAGUAAUACAGCAUGGUGAACUCAGGAAUAUGCUGUGCCAGCCUUAAGGACAACAAGGCCCUGAUGAAGAUGGGGCUGGCGCUGGUGCUGGCGGGCCACGUCAACUUCCUUCUUGGAGCACUGGUGCACGGCGCGGUGCUCAGGCACAUCAACGUGCACACUCAGGCCAGGACCAUGGUGUACGCCAUCGCUAAUGUCAUCGCCAUUGUGGCGGGCUUGGUGGGAAUCAUUAGUGGAAUAACGGCCAUCGUCCUGUCCAAAAACAAGAAAAACAGGAUCCUGCAGUGGGUCCUGUUGGUGUUCAGCUUCCUGACAGGUCUCUUGGCAGUCGCCUCCACCCUGGGCUUGUCAGUUUCUAUGGUGAAAGCCAUUAUUCACAAAGGAUGGAGCCUGCUAACGCACUGCAAGUUUUCUGACAAUGAUGUCGGCCCCUCUUCCAGCAUCACAUACGAAUGCCCCUUUGACCCCACCCGUAUUUAUGGGACCACACUCAUCCUGUGGGUGCCUCUUAUCUUUAUGUCCGCGGUGGAGAUGGUGUUCUCCUUCCGCUGCUUCGCUGUCUGCACCUCCUUCCUCUACCUCUGUCCAUGCAGGAGAAGGCCGAUCCGGGCUAAGAGGGUGCGUAUUCAGAGAGCUGUCGAAACUCCGUCGUUGCCUCCAGCACCAGAUCCAGAGAGCGACGCCGCGACCGAGCCUGCAGAGCAGGACGAACUGCUGGACAGCGUCACCGCAGUGGAGCAGAGUGAAUGGCUCUGAAGCAGCUAAACCUUGUUACAAAGGUUGCAAACUGCCAGCUUUAACUAAAACUUCAUCUGCGAAGCUGUUGCAUUGAGUGUGUCUGUUACACAUUGAAUGUCUGAAGGCAUUUGUGGGACUUAAGCCAGCGAAAGCAAUGGCCUUUUAUAUCGCUCUUCAUCAGAAGUUUCUGUUGUAUUUACUGUCUUAAAAUAGAGCUGCAACUUGUAUCCUGAUAAAAAAAAAAAUCAAAUAUUGAAUUGUCAAUCAUUAAUUCAUCAUACCAGACAGAACAUUUUAUAAUCUUACUCUGAAAAACUUACAAAAUAAAGCUACUGAACUUUUUAGGGUAGUUUUUAUUGCUGUUGAAAGUGUGGUCAACACACACACUCAGAUUUAAACGACAUUUGUAAACUCUUUUGUGGGAACACUUUUACUCAUGUCUCAGAAUACAAAUAUAUAUACACAA